AUGGCCGCCGCUUUCGACUUGGAGGAUCUUUCGAUUCCUCUUCCCCCUACCGACCGCGAUCGCCCCCGUGAACGUGAACGAGAACGAGACCAACGUGCGACCAAAUCCGCUGGCCAAAACCCCUCCGCCAUGGCCAUGCCACCGUCACGGCCCACCGGCCGGCCCGAUGCUAAUGCUGCGACACAAUCCCCCGCUACUACAAGGGACAUGCAGCGCCUCGACCAGUACCAGACGGUGAAGAUCCUCGGCGAGGGGUCGUUCGGUAAGGUGAAGCUGGCCAUUCACCAACCGAGUGGCCGCCAGGUCGCCUUGAAGAUUAUCUCUCGCCGCAAGCUCCUCUCACGCGACAUGGUCGGGCGUGUGGAGAGAGAGAUCCAAUACCUUCAAUUACUGCGACACCCUCACAUCAUUAAACUAUACACUGUGAUUGCGACCAAGACUGAUAUUGUGAUGGUACUGGAAUACGCCGAACGAGAAUUAUUCGACUACCUUGUGAGGAAGGGGAAAUGUAAUGACGACGAGGCCCGGAAAUUCUUCCAGCAAAUCAUCUGCGCCGUCGAAUACUGCCACCGACACAAAAUCGUUCAUCGUGACCUGAAGCCCGAAAACCUGCUGAUCGACAGCCAGAAGAACGUUAAGAUCGCCGAUUUCGGAUUGAGUAAUAUUAUGACGGAUGGCAACUUCUUGAAGACCAGCUGUGGUAGCCCCAACUAUGCCGCCCCGGAAGUUAUUUCCGGCAAGCUUUACGCAGGUCCUGAGGUGGACGUUUGGAGUUGUGGUGUUAUUCUCUACGUCCUACUGGUGGGCCGAUUGCCCUUUGACGACGACUAUAUCCCUGCUCUCUUCAAGAAGAUCGCGGCCGGCAAUUUCCACGUGCCCAGCUACGUCUCUCCCGGAGCAGCUCGCCUCAUCCGAUCAAUGCUCCAAGUUCACCCAGUGCAUCGAAUCACAAUCGAAGAGAUUCGACGAGACCCUUGGUUCACCAAGGGUAUCCCGAAAUAUCUGGAACCACCUCCUGAAGAAUUCAUCGCGACUGGCGUGGACCCCAAUAAGGCAAUUGAUUCUCGCAAGCUAGCCCCAGGCAAGCCGCUUCCAGUUCAACAUAAGAUUCACCGGAUCGCUGUGACAAAGCUCGAGAGAAGCAUGGGAUAUGGCAAGGAAGAUAUCGAAGAGGCAUUGCGGCACCCAGAACCCAGCGCUAUCAAAGAUGCCUUCUCAAUUGUCGUUGAGAACGAGAUGAUGCAGACUAAUUCUCCGACCGAGGAUAAUUUGAUGGCCCAAAAUAUGCCUGUACAGAAAUCACCUGCCGCAUCACCGGCAGACCGCGCUCCUCCCCCCAAACCACAAGCUCAAUCACAAACACAACCGGCCGUUGCUCGCACUCCGAGUGUUGCACGACGUAUUCUUGCCGAAGAAGCCCAGCAAGCAGCCGAUGCGGAAGACUUCGAUCAGCCCCGUCUCAGUCACGUUCGAAUUUUGCCCACCAGUUUGCCUUAUGUCCACGACCAACUCAUGGAACAACGUGAUCAAGAACAAAAAGAACGGGACAGAGUGCUCCUGGAGCGUCGACAAGACGAACAAGCUGGCGGUGAGCCAAGAGAGUUUUCCGCAGAGGAGCAAGCUGCCACAGCCCGGUCGUUGAAGCCCCACUCACGUAGUAUCGUUGACUUGGAAAAGCUACGACUUGAGCCACCAAUCGGCCACCCAAUCACACAGCAACCGAAAAGAUCUCGCAAGUGGCAAUUCGGCAUUCGUUCUCGAAACCAGCCUUACGAGGCUAUGUUGUAUUUGUACCGGGCAAUUGCUGCCCAGGGCGGAGUCUGGGAUAUCCAACCUGUUGAAUCGGGCACCAACAUUGGACCUGACGCAACACCCUCUCCCGACAAGCCCAAACCCUUGCAAAGCAAAUACCCUGACCUUCCUUCGGACUACUACAUCCCCAAGGACCCUUGGUUCAUCCGUGCCAGACUCUUGAAGGAAGGCGUCAAGGCCCCCCGGCGCAACCACCAUCGCAGCGACCUCGAAGAGCUACGCCGUCGCUUCCAUAUCUCCGGCAUUUCCGCACCUACAGACGACAAUUCCCGAUCCCUCACCCCGGAAAACAGCGCACCCUCCGCACCCUCGUCAGCAACGCAAAGCAAGGGACUCCCAAGUAUCUCCCAUGGUGUCUGGGUAUUCGUCGAUAUCCAACUGUACCAACUCGAGGAGAAUAACUACAUGGUCGACUUUAAGUGCGACGGCUAUCAAAACGUUAUCCGCCCCCAUGGUGAAACCGACUGGCACCCCAUCAGCAAGCGCUACAUGAACAAGGAGAAAGAGGUGACCAGUCCAUACCCGUUCCUUGAUGUGGCCUCGGACCUGGUGGCUCAGCUUGCAGUGGCUAGCUAG